GGCAUGGAGUCGUCUGGCGGCACAGGCACUUGACUGCAUGGGGCUGGCGCGGGUACUUGACUGCGUGGGGCUGGCGCGGGUACUUGACUGCGUGGGGCUGGUACAGGCACUUGAAGCCGAGGAGGCGGUGCGGGCACUUGAGGCCGAGGAGGCGGCGUGGGCACUUGAGGCCAAGGAGGCGGCGUGGGCACUUGAGGCCAAGGAAGCGGUGCGGGAACUUGAGGCCGAGGAGGCGGCGCUGUCACUUGGGGCGGAGAAGGCGGCGCGGUAACUUUCAGGCUGAGGAGGCGGCGCGGGAACUUGAAGCCGUGGAGCAGUGACGGGCCUAAUGCCGUCGGCGUGGGCGAGCACGCCGUGGUUUCCGAACUGUGUUCUCUGUUAGACUAGGUAGCACGUUACGUGGUGAAAUCGAAGGAGGGGUGUAGGAAAUGCGGGCCUUACCUGGGUGUCCCCGGAGGCCAGUACAAGGAGAUCCAGUAUGGAUGGCCAACUGGGAAUCCAGGUAAGGGUCCGGGAAAAAAGGCUGGGAAGGGGACAUGGACUGUGGGGGACGAGACAAAAACUGAGAGGGUGAAAAAAUACAAUCAAAAUCUGGGUUGGAAUCGGAGUCGGAGUUAACUAAAUCGGGGCCAGCUUCACAAUCGGAAAAAUCAGAAUCAAGAAAACGAUAACGAGGGGGUGCUUGUAGGGAGACUUCUCCAGUGUGAGGGACAUGCCCCCCAGUGCUCCUAUGACCACGGGCACGACUGUUGCAUUCACGUUCCAGGCUCUCUCCAGCUCUUCCUUGAGCCCUUGAUAUUUCUCAAGUUUCACUUGUUCCUUUUUCCCUAAUCUUGCUAACACUGAGGAUCACAGUGGCUAUCCUCUGCUGCGUAUCCAUGAUCACAAUGUCCGGUUGGUUGGCCACGAUUCUCUUUUCAGUCUGUAUCUGGAAGUCCCACAGGAUCUUAUCUCAUGUUCCACCACCUUGGUGGGUGUUAGAUAUAAAUGUCUAUAUACAGUAUAGAUAUUCUUUCUAACUAACACAGUGAAUACUAUAUUGACAAUGAGCCAAUGAGGAUUUGUUUGUGGGUCGAAGUUCAUUGUGAAUGUGAAUCAAUGGGGAGUUUUUUUUUGUUGCUCCAAAAGGUUCAAAGUGUACUUCUUGUGUGCAAUUUUGCCAAAAUAUUUUUCAAGAGCAGCGAGAAUAGCUAGUAGUUGUACUAGAGGUUUGUAUAUAUAUUUACAGUAUAUUAAAUAUUACCAUGUUAUUUUUAAGUGGUAGUUGUGUUCUAUUAUCAUGGCGUGAGCAUUGUGAGUGUUUAUCAGUCUAAGUGCACUCAGUGAGUCCUCUACUGCGCCGCCUAUUUUAGGACAUCAAGCAGGAAUCGCGGCCUGAGGUUGUAUUGGUUUCAGUCUUAUUCACGUCGCGGAAAAAGGCUCUUUGUGUUUGCUGCGUGUGUGUUCCACUGACCGGAGGAAGGCAGUCAUGUGUUUGUUUGAAGAGAAGAAGAAUAGAAAGCAACACUGAUGCACCAUUCUCACUCAAACAAAAUGACGUGAAUAAACAAAUUGUGAAAAUGUAGGACUUUUUGCUAAGUAGCUGAUUGUGAGUGAAAUUCAUGCUUCUAUAUUGACCCAUAUUGUACUUCCUUCCUUUACAAUUAUUUUCCUUACUUCCUCUCUCUUGUCUCCUUGCCUCUGGCUCCAUCAUCCUCACCCUCAUUACCCCUUUUCCUUUCUCUUGAACCUCUAGUGUAGCUCUGUAAUAGAAAGACCGGAAUCACUGUGGUAACCUGGGAGAGAAAAGUGCUGGGGUUCUUGGCUCGGUCACAGCAGGAGAGAGAGAACGGGCAAGAGAGAAAGGAGGAGAAGCGCUCGUGUAGUGCAUGCUUCAAACAGACGGCGUGUGUGACUUGUAAAGGAGCGAAGGGGAGCUCUUUAGGGUAUAGUUUUCCAGUAUUAAACAAAUUUAGGGUGGAUUACUCAGAAGCAUCGUCAGAGCCUUGCUGGACUGUUGGCCCCCCCUUAUGGAGCAAUGGAGAGCGGCUCUAACAAUGACAGACUUGCCGACAAAGACAACUUGAACUCCGACUCUGCCAACAAAACUCAUAAUAAGAUUCCCACAGAAAAGCUCCAACGAGCUGGCAAGGUUCUGCGCAACGCCAUACUGUCCCGAGCCCCUCACAUGAUCCGAGACAGGAAAUACCACCUCAAGACAUACAGACAAUGCUGCGUCGGCACCGAACUGGUGGACUGGCUCGUGCUCCAGAGCGCUUGCGUUCUCACCCGUUCCCAUGCGGUUGGCAUGUGGCAAGCGCUGCUAGAAGAUCAGGUGCUGAAUCACGUGGACCAGGAACUGGGUUUUCAGGACAAAUACCUGUUCUACCGCUUUCUGGAUGACGAGGAAGAGGACACGCCAUUGCCUAGUGAGGAGGAGAAGCGGGAGAGCGAAGAGGAACUGCCAGAGACGAUCCUCUUCCUUGCUCAGAUUGGACCGGACGCACUGCUGCGCAUGAUCCUCAGGAAAUCGCCUGGUCAGAGGACAGGCGAUGACCUGGAGAUCAUUUAUGAUGAGCUGCUUCACAUCAAGGCCUUAGCUCACCUUUCCAACACUGUGAAGCGGGAACUGGCAAGUGUUGUCAUCUUCGAGUCACACGCUAAAGCUGGAACCGUGUUGUUCAACCAAGGAGAAGAGGGCACCUCAUGGUACAUCAUUCAAAAGGGCUCCGUCAAUGUUGUUAUCUAUGGCAAGGGGGUGGUGUGCACGCUCCAUGAGGGGGACGACUUUGGAAAGUUGGCCCUGGUUACAGAUUCACCUCGUGCUGCCUCCAUCGUCCUGAGAGAGGACAACUGCCACUUCCUUCGGGUAGACAAGGAGGAUUUCAACAGGAUUCUUAGGGAUGUGGAAGCCAACACAGUACGUUUGAAAGAGCACGAGCAAGCCGUGCUGGUCUUAGAGAAGAGCCCUCGAGCGUCCACCUUGGGGAGCAUCAAGUACACUGUGAUCUCAGGCACUCCAGAGAAAAUUCUGGAGCACUUUUUGGAGACCAUGAGAAUGGACAUUCAUCACAGUGAACAAGACCCAGCAGUGGAUGAUUUUGUCCUCAUGCAUUCUGUCUUCAUGGCCAACAGUCAGCUGUGCCCGCUACUUAUGGCUCACUACCAUGCGGCUUCUCCACCCGGUUCGGAACAGGAGAGGUUAGAGCAUGCGCUCAACUGCAAAAGGAGGGCUCUAAUUCUGGCCCUGCGCUGGGCUAACACACAUACGUAUCUCCUACAAGAGGAGCCUGCUGCAAUUUCCUUCCUGGAGGAGUUGUUUGGAAGUGUUUCAAAUGAUUCGCGCAUGCUCAGAGCAUUGAAAGAUUUGCUUCCUGACCUAGAGAAAGUCGUCAAAUUACAUUCGGAGGAAGCCAAGUCAACAAAAAAGAAGACUUUAAUACGGCAGUUCAGUAAUGGGGAGGAGAGGUUGCAGAAGAAACAGGCCAUUCGAAAUCAAGAUGACAUCCUACUGAAGGUGUACUGCAGUGACCACACGUACACCACCAUUCGGGUUGCCGUGGCAGCGACGGGCAGAGAAGUGAUUUGCGCCGUAGCUGACAAACUGGGUUCCACGGACGAGCUGGUGCUGGUUCACCUCAACUCUGCUGGCGAGAAACAAAUCUUGAAGCCAAAUGAUGUGUCUGUGUUUUCAACUGUGAGCAUCAACGGCCGAUUAUUUGCCUGCGCACGAGAACAACUCAGUAGUCUCACUCCUCUUCCAGACCAGGAGGGACCCUCUGCUGGUUCCAUGUCGACUUUUGAGCUGAUGAGUUCCAAGGAUCUCGCCUAUCAAAUGACAAUGUUUGACUGGGAGCUCUUCAGCUGCAUGCAUGAGCACGAACUGCUCUACCACACGUUCGGCCGCCAGAACUUCCGAAGAACCACAGCCAACUUGGACCUUUUCCUGCGAAGGUUCAAUCAGGUUCAGCUGUGGGUCGUCACCGAGGUGUGCCUCUGCGCGCAGCUCAGUAAGAGGGUCCAGCUCCUCAAAAAGUUCAUCAAGAUUGCAGCACACUGCAGGGAGUUCAAGAACCUGAAUUCAUUCUUCGCCAUCAUCAUGGGCAUGAGCAACCCUGCCGUCAGCAGGCUGAGUCAGACAUGGGAGAAGCUGCCUACCAAGUUUAAAAAGUUCUACGCAGAGUUCGAAAGCAUGAUGGACCCGUCCAGAAACCAUCGAUCCUACCGGCUUACAGUCAGCAAACUUGAGCCGCCGAUUAUCCCAUUUAUGCCCCUCCUACUCAAAGAUAUGACUUUUACUCAUGAAGGCAACAAGACAUUCAUUGACAGUAUGGUCAAUUUUGAGAAAAUGCGCAUUAUCGCGAACACGAUUCGGCAAGUGCGGCACUGUAGAAGCCAGCCUUUCAAUCCUGACAUCUGCCAACCCAACAAGAAUCAAGCAGAGGUCAGAGGUUACGUCCGGAAGCUGUGCGUGAUCGACAACCAGAGGGUGCUGACGCAGCUCUCCUACAGACUGGAACCUCGCCGGACAUGAGAUUCCAAUCUUUCACCAUGUCGCCUUCCUUGUGACUCCACACAAAGCUGACGCACUAAGUAGCAAGACAGUCAAUGACUCGGAAAACUUUAAGGACAAAUGCUGUGCCAUUAAAGGCCUCCUUCUAUCGCUGUGUCUUAGCCCCGAGAACGAGGCUUAUUAUCGUAUUAGUUGUUACUGUUUGGGACCUGUUAGUUAGAAAUGUCAUGUAUAGAAAACUUGAAUCAAUAUCCUGCAUGACUCAACAUCAUAGGCUUGGUGGGUUUCUAUCAGAGUGUCCUGCAAUGUUGGUGCCAGAUCUUUGCUUUGUUUAUUUGUCACACCCAGUUUAAAAGUUUCACACAAAAGCUACAGAAUGGGGGAGCUAAUAAUAACUAGCUUAAUGCUAACAGAUAAUGUGAAACCUUAAAGGGAACCACAGAUACAAAGACUUGUAGUUCUUAAAAGAUAAACGUUAGUAUGAGUUAAAAAAAAUUGAUAUUAAAACCUCUCGAUGUUUUCAUUUUUUUACAACUUUUAAAAAUUAGUUAACUAGUAGGUCGCCAUUGUUGUUGAUGUCGCAGGGCGGUGACGUCAGUGCCUGGCUUCCAGAGAAUGACUAGCGACACAAACGUCAUCUGUUCAUACGUAGUAAUAUCAAAUAAGGGUGGUUUAAAUACACUACGUGACUAAUGUGGUCAAUAGAUCAACAAUCUGCUUUAAAGCUACCACAAGAAAACAGAAUGCUUAAAAGUGUGAGAGGGAAACACAUGCAAAACGUAUUUUGAAGCUAUGAAAAGGUAAUAAAAGGUGCCUUCUACAUGCAGACGCUCCGAUAAGACAAAUUUCAUGUUUGCAUUUCUAUGGGCCCGUCUCCAUUUGAACAAUGUUACAAUUCCGCAUGAAAACAAUGUAGUAUUCAUGCCAGGCCCUAGGGGGCAGUGCAGAUUUACAAGGAGACAGCGAAUGAUGCACUUUGACCCCAAGUUCCUCAGCCCGGAAAAAAAUAUGCCCGCCCACUCAAAGCGAUGGCAUUUUUCUUUUGUUCAAAAAGGCACAAAAAUAGAAACAUUCAACAUAUUUAAUUUAAAAAUAUUAUUGAAACAGUAAAUUAAAGCCGUCAUAUUUGCUGUUUUCAAUGUUUAGUAGCACCGCUGCGCAUGCCCAAUGUGACGUGUACGAGUGCUGACGUUAUAGGCACGGUGUCGCACCGCGGGAGCCUUUGAUAUGCAUGCGGAGAUAGCCCCCCUCAAUCUCAGGGCAAUAGAAUUCUUCCGCUUUGGAGGCAGAAUUCAGAAUUUUUCGUUCUCACCGACACCAUAUGCACGCGAGGCAACUCCGCAAUAUAGUCAUUGCGUCUUCAUGUCGCUGAGUCCCCAUGUAAACUGCCCUAAAGACUCAAAAACACAAAUAUUAAGUACUCACCGCUUUUAAACGAUGUGCUCAUGUGUUGGACGUCUUGCCACAUAAAAAAACAAGGCAAGCAACAAAGGGAUCGAGAAUACCAUUUGUCAAAUGGCAGCAAGUCAAUAUCUUGGCAACGUGCCAAGGAUCGGUUUAAAGAUACUGCUGAUGUGCUGGAAUUGGAUGCAGUACGACGUUGGGAACUCAUCCCGCAGCUCUGUAACAAAACAAUCUGACCAGCAGCAGAAUGUGCUAAAAUCACGCCAGUCGUCAUACUGGCUUUGCUUACUAGCUAGCACAGCUAUUCACCCAGUCCAGGCCAACUACGUUGUCACUACGAGCGUCCAUUGCGCACAUAAAACAUGGCGCCCUCCGUGGGUCAGAACAUAUACUAAAUAUGAUAGAUUUUUAAAUCUGUGACAAUAUUUUAUGUGUUUCUAAUAGCAUAUUUUAGUAAAAGAGAACAAUUGUGGCGUAUCAGAGCCUACAAGUCUUUAAGUCCGAGGUUCCCUUUAAUUAGGCAACAACUCUUCCAUGACACUGUACUACACUGACAUUCACUUAUGUGUGAACCAAAAAGUUUGAGGGUUACGAAUUUAAACAAUUACAAAAGAGACAACUUCCUCCAAAAACAAACAAACAAUGUGUUACGUUGAGAUGACGUUUCAAAUUCAAAGUUGUGUAUCUAACCCUUUACAGGUAGAGUAGCUAUUUUAUGCGCCAUUAAAAAAGAUAAAGACUUGGCGUCCACAUACAUCAACAUCGCAUUUUGGGUCAUGUAGGCAGCAAUAUUAACAUUUGGAAAAUCUGACCUACGUGAUACAUAUAGAAGUUAAUUAUUUAUUUUAUAAAAUAUUGAUUUUAUAAAUAAAAUACACUUACAAAUGAAUAAAGUGUUAAUUAGAAAUGAUGUAUAAAGUAAAUAUACCUGAUUGUAGGUAUUCAUUCCCUAGCGCAGAACUAUUUUUCCAAUAAAUUAAAUAAUUUCAUUUACAAUGAGAAAGCAGACAUUCGCUUAAGCAGUCAAAUUAAAAACAUUUUAUUUCUGACCUCUGUGACCUAUGACCUCCUCGCAUCGUAUCACCUACCGUACCAUAAAUGGGCUAAUCUGUGGUCAAGUUAUUGCAUAUUUAUGUUUCUGACCGCUAUGACCUUUGACCUUAUGACCUCAAAACUUAAUUUAUCUCUCCCCUUUCAUAUUACAAACAUAUACUGCAAGUUUGGUGAUCAAUCCCUUUAUUCGUUUGUUAAAAAAACCCUCAAUAUUUUAAUGAGUGCCCUAUCAACUUUUAAUCAACUUAAUUAACAUUAACUUGUCCAACAUACAAUGUCAGCUAGCUUAAUGCUAAAGCUCAAUGAAAAAUCCAAUUUGUUAGUGAAAUCAGCAUCAACGUUGUGUUAGUUGUCACCUUCCAGGCAGUGGUUUGUAGACAGAAAAUGUAACAAUCACUGGUGUUAUAUUCUUUAUCCUCCGUGACAAAUAACAAAAUAAGGCAAAUAUUACUGCAGUUUACUGAGUCACUUAGUUGUGAAACUCUUCAUAUUGUAUUCCUGUUAUUCUGUAUUAUACUGCAGUGAAGGAUUGUGUUGCAGCGCCAUUGACGGCGAUAGAUGUCCAGUCCAUUUAGACUGCUACUCCCAGUCAAUGGCAGCCAAGUUUUUUUUUUUUUUUUUUCCCCAGAGUAAAACUCCUGAUGCUCCUCGGUGAUGUUGCUUGUUAGGAUUUUUCCUGAGGUCAGUUGUUCAUUUGGCUGUGUGAAGGUAAACAAAAGUGCAUAAUUCCAGGAGAAGUCUCCCAAACUUUUCUACUUCUGUUCUGUCCAUCUGUGUUUUUUCUUACAUGUAGGUUUUGGGUGUGAUAUUGACAAGCGUUGUUAAUUUUCAGUUGAUCUCAGGAGCUUUAAAUGUGGUGAUGUGUAUUGAGAAAUGCCCGGUGGCUCGCUUCUGUCAUGAGCAGCUGGUAUCUGUGCUGUACAUGUUAAUAAAA